AUGUUGAUAACAUCAACCAAUCAAUAUAUCGUAAAUCACAAAAUUUAAGAGACAAUAUUUACUUUUAAUUUUAAAAUAUUAUAUUUAUGUUAAUUUUUAAAAAGCACUCUUUUUACUUUAAAGAUAAUAGAUAUAUAUUUAUAUAUAAUUAGCAAAAGUAAUCAAUAAGCAAUAACUACUUUACUCUAAGGCGUAUUUUUCAUUAAUUGUAGCUUUCAACAAACUAAAUUAUAUUUUGCAAGCUAGUAAAUUGAACUAAUGAAUGAAUGA